UGAACUUAUACAGCAUUAUUGUGUAACUGACACGGUAUUUAAAAAACACUAUUCGAAGAAAACUGACUGGUUCCAGGGCUGGUUCUGACAAACCUUUUAAUAAAUUAGGCUCACCCUGCGGUUGACUGACACACCCGUGUGUUUUUUUCGGUUGAAACUCCAUCAUCGGGGUGGAGAACGCACAAUGAGCUGUUUAUGAAGCACUGUCACCCAGAUGUCGCAUGUGGAAUUGCGUAUUAGCUCCUCCGCUGUCCGCUGUGGUCACUGGCGUUCACCCUGUGCUUUGCAUCGACGUCUCGGCUUUACUGAAGGUUAUGAUCUUCCAUUACCCCGCCGGAUAACCAGGACUGCCCCAGCACGCCACCAGAUUGGCUCUACUUCUAAUUUUAUGAGAGGCGAGAUCCCAGGCAGACCGCUACACUUAAGCACAACCUUGCGGAAUAUAAUUUACGUGAUGUUUGAAACGAUACCAAAUUGGCUGUUACUUAUCACUCUUAUCAUUUUCCUGGCUGCUGCUGAUGGCUGUCUUGAGCUCCAUCCUCCCAGAGUGGUGGUGAGACAUGGAGACCCAGUAUCAGUGAACUGCACAGUGUCCACAGAUCACAGUGGGAUGGGCUGGGCAGCUCCAGUAGAUGACGUACCUAUUACACCUGGUGUCCAGUUUCUCACUUGGAGGGUGGAAAGUCUGACAAUCUGGGACUUAAGGCCUCUGUGUUUUGCAAACCGUCUAGGAAAAGCUCAAUGUAUGGAACGUCUCUCAGUCACUGUGUACAAACCACCAGACAGUGUUUCUGUCAGUUCUGUGGACUCUGCUGACUCCAUGGUGGAGGGGAGUCAGUACCAGCUGAAGUGUGAGAUCCAGAACAUCGCUCCUGUUCAGAACCUCACUGUGAAGUGGUACAAAGGGGACACAUUAGUACAUGAAGACAGAGACUAUGUCAUAAAAGACAAAAAACCUGUGAGUGUGGCUUCCACCCUCCUGAUCACCCCCAGCAGAGCUGAUGAUGGAGCAGAGUACAGUUGUGGGGCAGAACUGGACCUGGGACCAGAAGGACCACAACCCCCCCUUGCAGUGAAAUCAACACUCCUCAAUAUCACUGUGCACUACCCACCAGUAAUCAAAGAAGGGAACGUCAGUCUGACUGUACCCCAGGGUGGGACGGUGUCUCUGUCCUGCAGCGCCGAGGGGAAACCCCCUCCUCAGGUCCAAUGGAGCUAUAGAGAUGCUGGGAAUGUGAGGGUCACCAGCUCUGGGGGCAACAGCACUGCUGUCAUCACAGAAGCCUCAUCUGCCAAUGAAGGGGUUUACAACUGCAGUGCCACUAACAGGCUGGGGAGUGACACUGCAACAGUGUUUGUCACCGUGACCAGGACCAACAUGAUAGUCGGUUUCAUCAUCUUCAUCAUCUUCAUCAUCAUCAUCAUCAUCAUCAUCAUCAUCGCCAUCGUCAUUUUUUGCAAAAUGAAAAACCAGAGAGGAUCAUACUCCUUUAUGAUAAUGCAGCCGAUUAGCACAGCAACAAAUGGAGCAGCAAGGAGUCUGCCUGCUAACGGGACACAGAACUAACUUCUUCAGAGAUCUCACCUGAGAGACAGUCCGAAGUCGGAAGAAGCAGGGUUGCCAAGUUUGAUCAGCUGGCCGCCGUGAGAUUUUCAAUUCGAGACAAGCCCACACACCUAUUUAAAUCAAUGUUAUAGUUUUAUUACAUUGUAAAUAGUCUGUAGAGUUUGCAAACUAGCUAAUUUUAGGUCUACAAUGGAAUAAUACAGAUUUUCCGUAAGAUUUCUUGAGUGAGCGUGAGAGUCUGAAAGCAUGAGUGUCAUGCCAAAUGCGUCAGAGCUGGCAACCCAGAGGAAGUGAUACCGGGGGAAGAUGAAGGGAAUGGUAUUUUUAUGUGCAAAAAAACUGAAUAACAGAGCAUUUUUAAGUAGUGUUGAACUGACUGUGCAUAUCCAUUAGGGCUGUCACUUUUUAAUUGAUAUUCGAACAUUCAUUCAAAAUAUUAUUCGAACUAUAAUUAACCCAUUUGAAUUAUAAAGUGUCAUUGUAAGUGGAUUAGACUGUUUGAGGUAAUUUAGUUGAUUGCUGUCAAAUGUGACAUUGUACAGGCUGGAAAUUGCUAUUUCUUGUCAUUGUCUGCUAGGGUUGUAAGCAGACGAGCAUUUAUACCAGAAAGCACUGUUGUACACAGAGCAGUACCAGAUUAGUUAGGUAAGGCUGUGAGCUUAUGAAUCUGUACUCUAUGUAAUAUAUAAUGAAGCAAAUGCAAAACAAAAUUAUAUUUUUAGCUGUUGUUUAUUACACAAAACAACAAAGUAAUAUUUAUAACAAAUUACACCAAUUUCUAAUCUACUGCUUGCUUACCAGUUUAGUAUCAAAAGGUGUUUUAUUUCUCAUUGAUGGUGUCUCAGAUGUUUCACCAGAUCUCUGCUGUGUCCAAGCUCUGGGUCAUGAUCCUCUACAGUCAGCCCUGUCCCAACACCUUCCUACAUGGAUACACAGGAAGAGACAGCAUGUUGUAAUGCUUACUAAGGGCACAGUGUUGUAGAACAUCUGCCCACCCAAAACAGCCACACAAGCAAUGUAACUGUGUGUUGCCAACUGAUGUUCAACUGAUAGUGAGAUGAGUCUGAACUGGGUCUGGGCCAAAUGUUGUUCAGAAAUUGCCGCAGAUCCGUAAACCAGAUCUGGCCCAGUGUCUUUUUACACAUUGGACCAAUACUGGUCCGAAUCCGCUUCCUGGAUUUGAAACAGAUAAGGGCCACAUAUGGACCAGAUUUACAGACCAGUAUUGGUCCGUUAUGCAAAAAGACACUGGACCAGAUCUGGUUUACGGAUCUGCAGCAAUUUCUGAACAACAUUUGGCCCAGAUCCGGCUCAGACUACUCUUGCUAUGUGGGAAAUAUAGUCUAGUCUGUACGAAGUGUGAAAAUACCUCACUUGUUUUACUUGAGGUAUUAUAACGGUUCAGACUCCCAAUUGCUGUUAUGGAGAACAAAACUUCAUAGGAUUGAUAUUGUUAGGGUAUGUCAUUGACGGCUGCUGUUGACUGCGUCAUGCGCGCUUCAUUUUUAUUGGCUGACAGGCCCAUCGUUCAAAAAGGGGCGCGAUUAAACAGAUAACGUCAUAACCCCGUGGAGCUGUAUGGAUGACGUUUUUAAUUUAUAAUAUGAGUAUUAUUUGUUAGUAAAAUUCUUAUUUAUAAGUGCAGGCAAAAUUAAAUGCUUUGACAAAAAGGGAACUAUGGCUAUCAAGGAGAAAAGGGGCAGAUCCUUGAAUACCUAAGCCCCCGCUUUGCGCGUGCAUGGUUUGUUCUCCAGCAAACUUAUAACUGGUAGCUGCUGGGAUACAACAAACGGGAGAACUGGCCACUGUCAAAAUCCACAUCUACAAUUAGCCUGGAAACCAAAUUACUUAUUACGUGGCUUUGGACUUUCAAUUUUUUGGUACUGUGUGAUUUAACAUAAAGCCCUGUGCAAAAUAAUGGGCAACUGUGGAUAUUAGUCGGUAAGGGUUAAAGUCGAUCUGAAAUGUAUAUAAAUCUUAUACCUAUAUUGUCCUGUGGAAGAUUUUGACAUAUAGCUCAGUUAUGAUGGAUAAUAGUAGGUCUACAUUUUAAUCAUUUUUAUUAAAUGUUAAAAUUAUUUAUGAUUUGAUUUACAUUUUUAGUAAGACAAAAAAAAAAACUGUAUUAAAGAAAA